AUGGCCGUGAAGAAAGCACUACGGGAAGGUGACUCUCAAUCCACACCGAAAUCGCGCAACCAGCGCCCAGAGUUCCGCACUCUUGUGGACAUGCGACCAUCACAGUUCGUUGUGAUUGCGCUACUUGCUCUGACAACAAUACCUCCAGACACGCUUGCCUGUCAAGAGACACAUAUGCGUCACAGCGCGGAGCUUAUUUGUAACGAUUCAAAUGUGUGCACGAUCGAGUAUGAGCGAGAAUUUCUAUUCAACAAGCUCCACAGAGAGGCAUGCGUGUAUCUGAAAUACCGAAAUCAAACCAUCGGUCAAUGUGACUGGAUGGAAUAUGAGAGUUGUAUCUCUGCAGCACCUCUUUUAGUUCGUCGCCAACAGAAGAUUCGCAGAUUCACCGAAACGCACAUGAUUCUAGACGAUGGAUUCAAACCGGCAGUCGAAUGCCCUAGUGCAGAUGCAGCUUUGGGGAGAUUCAACUCAUGUAAAAACAAGAUCAUCUGCGCAUGUUCAACCAGCUCAGAUGCAGCCCGAUGCCUAUGCCCUCAGCACACACUUAGAGCAAUACGAAACUCCACUACGUGCUCAACAACAAGCGAAGCAAACCAUCUCAAGCUCGAAUACAACCGCGCGCAAGUACAAGAUCGCUGCCGAUAUCAGUGUGGAGUGCGAACAUACGAUAUUCUCCUAACGGGAACUUUAUUGUAUCAUAGCACUGUAACGGACGACGAAAUUUUCGAUGGAUCGAGUAAAAAGGUGAAUGACAGCUUUUGGGAGCAUUUCUCAAUCCCAGAUAUCACCCCGCUCAUGAUGACUUUCGCACUGCAUUGGAAAAUUGCACUAAGUGUGAUAGCAGCAUUCGCAAUAGUUGCCCCUCUGAUCUACGCUUUUGGUCCUUCCGUUAUCUCAGCCUUCACCAAAGCAAUCACGGCAAUCGUCGAGCUGCUGGUACGCACACUGCUCGCCUGUCUUGGCGGCGCCGUCGGAGCUUGCCAGAAAGCAGUCAAUGACUCAACGAGACAGUAG